CUGUUUCAUCUAUGGCUCCGUUAGUUGUAAUAGAAAAACAAAGUCAACGUAUACAGCAAGCACUAGGUGCUAGCGGUGGUACAAGGAUAACAACAUCUAUAGCGCAAGUUUCUAUGCUUAAUCUAUGGUUCAAUCAAGAUAUUAAGCAAGCUAUUGAUGCACCUCGCCUUCAUUCACAGCUAUUACCACAAGAAGUUAUUGCUGAAAGUGGAUUUGAUCCUGAAAUAUUGCAAAACUUGAAAAACCGUGGUCAUAAUGUUACAUGUAGUGUUUUUGGCGGUUCUGCUGUGCAAGGUAUUGAAUGGCGUGAUGAAGUUAAUGAAUAUUGGGCUAAUUGUGAUAUACGUAAAGGUGGUGCUCCUGAUGGAUUAUCUUAA